AUGCCCUUGACUCCCAGUGUUGUCCUGUCAGGGCACCCGCAGCCCUUCCACUUUAAUAUCCCUUUUCCUGGUCAGGGCAUCAGCUCCGAUGGAGGAGAUGAGAAUGUUCUAACACCUUCAACAGUGGUUGCCAGCACCAAAGGAUUUAUACACACUAUUCCAAUAGUGACAAUCACAGACACAUCCCUGGAAAGUCCGAGUCCAACAGUGAACUCACCUUCAGCAAAAUUCACUGACUAUAAAGAUGAAAUGACCAAAAGACAAAUUUCAAAUGUACAAGCAUCAAUCUCAACAGCAUUGACAUCGUCCUCAUCAUCGUCAAUAUACAAUAGCAUCUCCGAUUCCAACAAAGUGAUUUCAUUAUUGCCGUCAAGUCCAGGGACAUUGGCACAGGACAGCAUGUCAUUAGUCAAAUCCUCAACCAGACCGACACUUGAAACUCAAGGGAGAUCCAACUCAGAAAGUGCAACCUCCUUGUCCAAACACAGUGCAAUAGAAUCUUUGAUUCGAGAGAGUGCCAUGCCAGUCUUGCUAGUCACCGGAACAGAGUACUCUGAAGAGAGCACAGGCUUCAUCAACUUGCCCCAUGCCACGCAGACCUCCAGCCCCUCUCCAAACAGUCAGAGUGACAGCUGCAUUGACUCCCCCGGCUACCCUGUAGGCAGACGUUCUCGGAGGCUCAGCUCUGGCAAGUCACGCUUUCUCCGCCGCCAGCGUUCUCUAGCUGACGAUACAGCAUUCCCGUCUGUGGAAGAAGAUUCUGCGUUUGAACUUUCCAAACCUAAAGUGUUAGAAGAGCCAACUGUCUUACAACAUGAAGGGAAGGCAGCAGAAGCAAAGGAACCUUCAGAAAAGAAUGCAGAUUUUAAUGAUGCCAGCUCAAAUCCAUCACUGAGAGACUCCAGUUAUAAGGGUUCUCCUUUAAUGGCUAGUGCUGUUUCUUUAAGCUCAGAUAUCAAAGCUACAGGAUCCCCUCUGUUCAGAGACUUCCUUGCUUUAGACCAGCAGCAGAAGAUAGGGAAAGUGAAGCCAAGCACCUGUGCAUUCUGUACUGAAAGCCUUGAUUCAGUUGAGGCAUACACAGCUCACUUACAGUCCCGGAAACACAUCGGGGUGCUGGAAACAUUGGGAAUGCUCCCCGCUGGCACCUAUGAGAAGCUGCAGCAGAGCGAACUCCAGGAGAAUCAUCGGAGAGAACUGGAAGAUCAGGACAAGCUGAAGGCAGAGAUAGAAGCCGAAACAGCCCUGACUGAGCUGGAAGCUUCAGCCUUGGAUGUUGUCUCCAGCGCGAGUGAGGACAUGGAAACAGAUGCUCAGGAGGAUGAUUCCGGUAUCAAAGAAGAAACAGCAGACCUGGAACUGGACACAGAACAGGCUGUGAGAACAUUUGCAGAAGAAGGUCUGGAGAGACGGUCUUACACUUUUCAAGAAAGCACAGACUCGGGCAUGACAAAUCUGGCCAGUCAGGAGAAACUACAACGGCCUUCUCACAAACGUAAAAUGUUUCAUCAACCAGCAUCAGAGACAGCAACACUGCUGGUCUCACCACACCUCAACGAGCGCCUCCGCCAGUCCCUGGCCAAGCGAGCAAGAUUUGGGCUAGCCCACUCAACAACCCAGUCCGGUGAAUCAGAGACUGAUCUUGAUUGUCCAUUAGUUAUUGACGAGCCAGCCAAAACUUCCACAGUUUCGACUCUGUCAUCGGUGUUCUCUUCAGCAGCUGAAGCAUCCCCUAGUGCAGUAAUAACCAGCAUGGUUGUAACUUCUUUCGCAGCAAGUUCAGAAAAUGAGACCAAGACUUACUCCUUCACAUCAUCGUCAUUAUCUCUUUCACCAGCAGUACCACCAUCACUGGAUGCCUCAAACUCUUUAAAUGGACAACCAAAUACCGCUGACCACAAUCAUCCAACGUUUAUCGGUCAUCAGAAAAGUUCAGACAUAACCCUCACUGGGGAAGGUGAGGGAACGCUGCAAGAUAUUCCAGGAGCUGUCACUAAAGCAGCCAGUCCUGUGCAUGGGCACAGUUUUUCUGUAGCAUCUACUCAAUCAUCCCCAGGGGGAAGGCCCUUGCAGGCAACAGCCUCAAGCAGUGCUGCUUCUUCUGGGAGUGUGGCUUCAGUUUCCUACAGCCUUAGCCUACCUGGAGUGAGCCCUAUACAGCUGCCAGUCGUUGCACACGCUGAGCUACGUCCUUACGUAUGUGAAUUCUGUGACGCAGGCUUCACCAAUGACAGAUCUCUAAGGACACAUCUUCUGACUCAUGGACAG